AUGCAUGGCAAGAUCAUCUUCUACGAGGACAGGAACUUCCAGGGUCGCUCCUAUGAGUGCGACAGCGACUGCUCCGACAUGUCCUCCCACCUGAGCAGGUGCAACUCCUGCAGGGUGAAGAGCGGCUGCUUUGUGGUCUAUGACCAUCCUAACUACAUGGGUAUGCAGUACUUUUUGAGGAAGGGCGAGUACUCUGACUAUCAACGCAUGAUGGGUUUCAGCGACUGCAUCAGGUCCUGUCGUAUGAUCCCACUGCAUAAAGGUCCCUACAGACUAAGGAUCUACGAGAUGGAGAACUUCGGAGGCCAGAUGAAUGAGCUGGUGGAUGACUGUGACAACAUCCAGAGUCGUUUCCGCAUAUCUGGCUGCAUGUCCUGCCACGUGAUGGACGGACACUGGCUGAUGUACGAGCAGCCCAACUACAGAGGCCGGAUGCUGUACCUGAGACCCGGAGAAUACAGGAGCUUCAGCGAAAGUGGCUACGAUGGAAUUAGAUUCAUGUCAAUUAGACGCAUCACUGACUCAUGUUAA